AUGCUUGUUUCUUUCUGUCUUCCCAAUGACAAGGACGACAACCCGCCACGUCAGUUGACCCACUUCCAGUACACGGCCUGGCCGGAAGACGGGUCUGACCCGUGUAUGUGGAGUAUGGUUGACUUUGAACAUAAGGUCUUUUUCAACACUCUGGAAACUGUCACACUGGUGCAUUCUGGGAUGGACACAACGAGAAGCUCCGUGUUUAUAGCUCUACACGAUUUGAUCCGUCAAGCCAAGCUGAACCAAGCCGUGGACUUUGUCGACACGGUGUCUAGACUCCGACAAGACAUGCCCAACACGGUUCAAACCUAUGAGCAGUACAUGUAUCUGCACCACGCCGCGCAGGCUGGCAUCGCCUGUACAGGCAGCUACACACACAUCAGCGCCAUCUUUCUCAAAGUACAUCUCAUGGGGAACGUUGUCAACGGGAAAAAUAAUUUUGAAAAUGAAUUCAAUAAUCUGUUUAGUUUUGAGACACAACUUACUGGUGGUGUAGGGGACGUUACCCAAGAUCCAAAAAGUAAAAAUAGAUUCUUCAUUAUACCAGACAAAAAGUAUCAACCUCUUUUACAAGUGGAUUCCCCCGGAGAAGAGGACUAUAUCAAUGCUGUCACAUUACCUAGCCUGUACACCCAGACCAAUCAGUUUCUGACCCAGCUGCCCAUGCCCACUACGGUCAAUGAUUUCUGGAGACUGGUCACACAGUAUAACGUCUCCUUGAUUGUUGCUUUUAAAUCCUAUGAAAAGGACAAGUCUUUAGCUAUCUACUUACCUGAAGAACAAGGCCAGUCGUUACAAUGUGGGAACAUAGCUGUCAAUGUCGAGUCAGUAACUGCAGCACCAACGUGGACAGAAAUGAAGCUUACCGUUAAGGGGAAAGAAACACAAGAAGUGACUCAUCUCACGUUUACAGAGCGUCAUAUCGAACCAAAAAAUCUCUUACCAAACGGUGCCGAACUGAGUGGACUGGCCUAUGUUGUGACAACUCUGAUGGACAGACUGGACCAAGAGAACUAUUUGACCGUUCCUGUUGUUGUUGGUAAAGUCAAAUCCAUCAGACCGCACGCCAUUCCUACACUUCAACAGUAUAUAUUUGUGUACGAGACAAUGAAACUCUACACUGAAGCAGUGAUCUCUACAGAGAGGCAUCGAGCAGAGUACAGCUCAACUGUCUGA